ACAGGUCAAAGACCAGGACUUUCCAAGAUGAAAACGGACCGACAGCCCCAGCUUUGAUGUGAAAUUCAACAACUCUUUCAUUGUCUCUUUUGUGUCCUCCGUCUCCUUUGUUCGUUUUCCCUCGUUAUUUCGUUCGAUCGGUUAUUAUAUGUUGCGGGACAACCAAGAAUUUUCCUUACCAGGUUCUCAACUGUCCUCCAUUUCUUCCUCCACACAAGUCUCCAUCUCCUUGCAUAGUUGAUCUACAGCAAAUCUCACGAUCUACGACCAUGACGUUCGCUCAGAAGCUCAAAGGCGCAUUUCAACCCCGGUUCCUACCAUUUUUUCUAGUCAUUCCAAUCAUUCUAUUCCAAGCACUCUCGCUCUCCGGAUGCGUAUCAACCUCGCCAGUCUUACCUGAUCUAUACAUCGUCUCCUUCUCGAGAAACGACACAUCCCCUCCCAUAAAACUCCGCCUGGGCUAUCUCGGCAUCUGCGCCGGCAACCAAACCGACCUCCAGUGCCACCCAACAGCCGGCUCCUCAGCAGACGACGUCGUCGCCUCCCUCUUCCCGGGCCUCCUCAACCACACCACCACCGUCCCCGCCACCAAGGGCAAGAACACUCCCCCCGCCCCCUCCCGAUCCGACGCCGCCCGCGCCCUCGUCUCCGCCGCCCUGACCCUCCAGUCGCGCAUCUUCGUGCCCCUCCUCGCGGGCGCCGGCUUCCUCUUCCUGGCCGGGCUGGCGGCCCUGGUCGUGGCGAAGCGCCGCGGCACCGGCCCGCUGAGGGCCGCGACGCUGGCGUGCCUGUGCCUGUCGGCGGCGCUGGCGUUCACGGCCUGCCUUGCCACGAGCGGGGCGGCGGGCGCGCUGGAGUUCUCGACGCUGCUGGGCGUUGUUGGGGAGGCGGCGCCGAGGACGGUGGUUAGGCCUGGGGUGGCGCUGCAGGUGCUGCAGUGGUUGGCUUUUGGGUUUACUGUGGUGUUUGUUGGGGGGGUGCCGUGGAUGUUGAAGGGGGGUGGUGGUGGUGGUGGUGGUGGUGGCGGUCAGGGUGAUUCGGAGAAGUACGGAUACUAGGCAUUGUUAUGAGACUGCGGGAAUGAUGUAAUUAUAUAUAGGUAUCACAGGUUGGGAGUUGUCGGGCAUAAUAUGGAUGGUAACU